GGGUGGUUGGUAACUGGUGGUACAAGCGGAAAGGGGGUGAUUCUACGCGAAAAAAGAAGUCGAAAAUAUAGAAUAAACAUUUUUCGUUUGAGGCUUUGUUUUCGAGAAAAUCGACUUUGAAUUUUCGCUCGGUACGCGUGCGGUACGUUAUAACGGACCUCACUGUAGAUCGUUGUCUCAAUGGAAAAAUUAAAAAAAAAAAUUGUUAUUCUAUAUUUUCGUCUUCUUUUUUCGCGUAGAAUCACCCCCUUUCCGCUUGUACCACCAGUUACCAACCACCCUGUAUAAUAUACCUGAAUAAACAAAUGUAAAAAAUUACCAAACAACAAAUGUAAAUUAUUAGCAGAAUUUUUUUCUGUUGAAGGGAGCACAAUGACUUCAUCUUUUUUUUCUCGAAACGACGCUUCGUUCAUCGAACUAUUUUUCGACGAAAUACAAUACCCUGAAAUGUAAGCGAGCAAUAAGUAAACACACUUGUGAAACGUUUUACACGUUUCAUCCAGAAAUCUUAACUCUUUUCAUAUAAACGCGCAACGAAGAACAAAUCAACAGCUUCCACGCCGCCCGUUCGAGAUUGCUUUUUUCAUUAGCAGUAUUCGUCAUCCUCGAUGCGUUUUCGAAUGCGAAUUAACAACUUCUUUGUUACGGAACAAACAGAUCACUGUGUCAUGGUGCAUGAGAUUCUCAGUGGUAUAUAAGAGCGGAUCAGACCAUCGCGAAUCAGACAAAGACUCGACUCCGAUUUCGUCUGAGCUUGUUUUCUAAACCAGUAACAUGAAGAAAGGUGUGCUACUCUUCUGGAUGAUCUGUUUGGCGAUUGUAAUCGUCGACGCGAAACCGUUUCCUCAACAAGAAAGUUAUGAUGACGAAGUACUUGUACCGAAAGAUACCAUACGUUAUCCAAACAUAUUUUGGUUGGGCAGGCCUUUUUAUGAUCAAGACGAUUAUUAUGGUGAUAAUACCGAUAGGAAACCAUCUACUCUAUCGUAUGCUAAUGUGGGAGCUGGAUGGGGUCGCUAAAAAUCAUCCUAUCGAAUCGAUCGCUUCUUCGAAUCAGUUAUAAUCGCCGCAUGAUAACGUAGAGUGCAUCAUAAAUUUAUAUUAAUUUUCACGUUAAAUUAAUAUCAUAAUUCGUAAAGUACCGGGCUAUCAUCGAGAACGACGAAACUGUCACCGCAAAUUAAUAAUAAGUCACUAAUACGUACAGAUAGUCUUGUUUAACAGAAUUUUAUAUUUUCGUAUUGACCAAUUAACAUUUAAUCGUUCAAUUAAUAUUUCUCGCGCAUCACGUGCUUCUGAAUUGUACGUCAAAUAAUACCAAACAAAACCGACAUGAAUCACUCUUUCGUAAAUUAAACUACAUUCGAUGUUCAAGAUUGAUGGAAACCCAUAUAGUCCUUGGUUGGAAGAUACGCAAAGCAAUCGAUCAAACCAACGCAAGGAUCGUCGAUCGCUAAAUAGCAGGCAAAUAUUUGCGAACGCUAGGCCACUGACAGCGAUUCUAUAUAAGACAUCAAGCGUACUCCGAAAUAUCGGUAGAUUUAUUUAGCGACGCCAGAGGAUACAAUGAGCAAUCCAAUUUUAAUCCCACCGCUACUAAUUUUAUCGUCGAAACUAUGUGUGGAAUCCGUGAUCUUAUAUUCAACGAUUAUUUGUUUCGUAAUACUAACAACAUAGUGUUAAGGGUUUAUGUUAAUAAAAUUGUUAUAUUUAUGAUACAAGGACGUUUAAAAAAAGUUUAUAACUUAAUAUACGAAGAGCGCGUGAGAAGAACACGACUAGUCUAUUUCUGUUAAUUUCUUGAUUUCGAACGACUGUUUAGGUUUAUAAAUAUAUGUUUGCAAAUUAUUGAAAAUAAAUCGAGUACUAGAGAAUCCAUGUCUAAUAAUUAUUCGAAACAUUAACCCUAAGGACAGUUUACUAAAACUCUCACGGUUUUUAUCAAUCGUAACCAUAAAAGUCU